AUGAGGUUUUUCAUGUUCGGCAAGCACACGCCUAUCUCCGUGGUCAAUGGGAAAUCUGGGACCCAAAGCUUACGACUCCUCCUGGCCUCCUUGGGUCUCCGACAUGUCUUUACUGAUAUCUUGACUGAUGCAUCGGCCUUGCGCUUUACCAACAUCAUCGGUAGUGUAUUACUUGCGUGGCUAGUACGCUCGCUUCUGCUUCUCAACAUCGAAGUACGUGAUGGGAAUUGUGGAAGGAAGCAUGAGUCGAACGUACGAUGCAAGCGCUGUCCCAAUUGGUCUGGCUGGGAGUUGAUUCAUACUACCAUCAACGUCUAUCUGUUUCCACCCUUAUUCUUCUUUUAUGGACUCUAUUACACAGAUGUCUUAUCAGCACUCUCUGUGCUCUAUGCAUAUCGAUGCUAUCUUGCAAAACAACAGACCAGGGUCCUUUUUGCGGGCCUCCUGUCUUUACUGUUUCGGCAGACCAACAUCUUCUGGGUGUCUUUCUUCCUGGGAGGUCUUGAAUUAUGCAGGACGAUCCCCAAAGGUCGACCCGAGAUCGAAUUUCCAAGCCAGCCUACUUUCUACGACGUUAUUGAGGGAAGCUGGCAACAUGCUUCAGCGUAUGAUCCACUCAUCAGCCAGGCGUGCUUUGAAGACUACAUCAAGACCGGCAUCUCCUACGCUAUUGCUGGGCUGACUAAUUUCUCAACUGUCAUGUGGUCAAUGAGUUCGUACCUCGUCAUACUCUGCGCUUUUGCGGAAUUUGUAUUUUGGAACGGCGGUGUCGUGCUAGGAGACAAGGAGAACCAUGUUGCAUCACUCCAUCUUACGCAGAUGAUCUACAUCUGGCCGUACUUUGCCUUCUUCUCCUGGCCUCUUCUCUAUCCUCAAUACCACCUCGCAUUAGCACAGCCCAUCUUUCCUGUCCGUAUCAAAAAAGGGAAAAUAAGCGCUACCACAAUGGCAGUCAUGUUGGUGGUAAUCCGCUACAACACCAUCGUUCAUCCUUUCACGCUUGCCGAUAACCGCCAUUACAUGUUCUACGUCUUCCGCAUUCUUCUCCGCCAUCCAUCGAUAAAGUAUCUUGCUGUGUUGAUUUACAUCGACUGCGCUUGGGAUACGCUGUCUGCUCUUAGUUGGCUGCCAACCGCAAGAUCGGCACCUCAACAAGAAACUAGCCCCAGGAAGAGAAAAUUUCCAGAGGAGGAACCAUUUCCACCUUCACCCCAGUUAAAUCCUAGCCCAAUGAAGAGGUCAAAAUCUCAGGAGAGCAUUUUGCCACCUUCACUGCGGCCAAUUCUCAGCUCCAGAAUGACAGAAAUGCCGAAGUUUGCCAUUCCUCCACCGCCUCCAAAGAAGCAAAAGAAGCAAAAGAAGAAAAAGAAGCAAGUCUCGGGUCAUCGAGCCAGCUUCACCCUCAUCUGGCUUCUCGCAACUGCACUCUCUAUCAUUACAACGCCCCUCGUCGAACCAAGGUAUCUGAUUGUGCCGUGGCUGAUAUGGCGACUUCAUAUGGCGAUUCCGCGCCCCGGAAGACCCUCUGCACCCGCGACAAGGCCAGAUACCAUGAGAAAGAGGUUCUGCGAGGCACUCAAAGCAGCACUCUACGAGCGGCACGAUCACCGUCUUUGGCUCGAGACAGUGUGGUUUCUUGCCAUUAACCUGGCCACUGGAUACAUUUUUCUGUACUGGGGGUUUGAAUGGCCGCAGGAACCGGGCAAGGUGCAGAGAUUCAUGUGGUGA